GCCUUUAUUCCCAUUACCUUAACAAAUAUUUAAACCUCACUGCUCCUAACGUGAUUCGUCAUCUCCUAAAACCCUUGGAACAGCCUGCAAAAUUUUGAUCAACAAUGGCGCCCGUUGACCCCCAUUCCUACACAGACUCCACCCACCCGCUAACAAACCACAUCGCCCUCACCUUCUACUUCGAUUUCCCGUCCUCCACCAUUUUCACCUCCACUCUCAUCUCCCUCCCCGCCCCUCACUCCGGGCCCUUUACCCUCGACACUCGUUCCCUCUCCAUAUCUUCCGUCCUUGACCCAACCACCCACAAACCACUACCCUUCACCCUCGCCGCCGCUAUAGACCCGAUUUUGGGUCAAUACGUUACGAUAACACUGUCAAAUCAGUCCCAGGUGUUGAUAUUGUCGAAAACUGCCACUUCGUCAUCAGCCCUUCAAUGGCUUUCGCCGCCACAAACGUGUAACAAGUCUUUUCCGUUUGUGUAUACACAAUGCCAGUCAAUUCAUGCUCGGUCCAUUUUCCCUUGUCAGGAUACUCCUGCGGCACGGGUGAGGUAUACGGCGAAAUUGAAUGUCCCGCUGCACUUGUCUGCCGUUAUGGCUGCGAAACACGUCGACAGGAAGGACCCAGUUGCGGGAGAGUCUCUGGGUGCGUGUGAGGAUUCUGUGUGGUGUGAGGAAGGGAGAGUUGUGGAGGAGUUCGUAAUGGAGCAGCCGGUGCCCCCAUACUUGUUUGCUUUUGCAGUUGGCGAAUUGGGAUUCAGGGAGGUGGGCCCAAGGACUAGAGUGUAUGCGGAGGCAGUCCCGAAUAUUUUGGAUGCUGCUUCCAAGGAGUUUGCUGGGACGGAGGAGAUGAUAAGGGUCGGGGAAAGGUUGUUUGGCCCUUAUGAUUGGGAGAGAUUUGAUUUAUUGGUUUUGCCUCCAAGCUUUCCCUAUGGGGGGAUGGAAAAUCCGAGAAUGGUGUUCUUGACCCCUACUGUGAUCAAAGGGGACGCAACUGGUGCACAGGUUGUGGCUCAUGAGCUCGCUCAUAGCUGGACUGGGAAUUUGAUUACCAACAAGACUAAUGAUCACUUUUGGUUGAAUGAGGGUUUCACAACUUAUGCAGAGCGGCGAAUAGUUGAGGCUGUGCAAGGAGAGGACAGGGCUGCCCUGAAUAUUGGAAUUGGUUGGAGAGGACUAGUUGAGGAAAUGGAUAGGUUCAAGGACAACAUGGAAUUCACAAAACUGAAAACUAAUCAGGAAGGUGUUGAUCCAGAUGAUAUAUAUUCUCAAGUGCCCUAUGAGAAAGGGUUUCAGUUUCUAUGGCGUAUUGAAAGACAGAUUGGAAGGCCUGCAUUUGAUGUGUUCCUAAAAAAGUAUAUUGCUACGUUUAAGUUCCAAUCCAUUGAUACUGACACGUUUAUUGAUUUCCUUAAAGCAAAUAUUCCUGGAAUUGAGGAGCAUAUUGAUUUAGAAUUAUGGGUCGAGGGUACUGGCAUACCUCCAGAUGCAAUGGAGCCAGUUUCCAACAUUUACUCAAAGAUUGUAUCACUGGCUAAUGAGUUUCAGCUUGGUAGGAUGCCAAAAGAGGAUGAAGUUGCUGACUGGCACGGACAGGAAUGGGAGCUCUACCUGGAAAACUUGCCUAAAUCUGUUGAAGCUUCUCAAGUAUUAUCUUGUUUGUUGAAUUAUUGCAUCAUCAAUUACUGGGAUAAUCUUUAUUUUACUCUUCCUUCCCCUUCAGUCGAAAAUUCUUUGAGAUAUACCAGUCUGUUUCGGCCUUUUUUUUUUUUUUUUUUAAAUCAUGGUCUAAGUUAA